GGGCUUUUACUGUGAAAUCUUUGCCGGUUGAGCAUCCGGGUCACCAGUUAUCGAAUUUACCUGCCAUCACCUGCUAGCUAGCUGCAGCUGUAAGGAAAGAAAAGCAGUAAAAAAUGCAAACAUCUAUAGCAAAUAUCGCUGUUUUUUCGGUGUUUCAGGUUUUAUUGUCUUUCUCGGGUUUUGGAGAGGUCGUGGAAGCCUCCAGUGGGAGAGGAUUUGGCGAUAACAUCUACUGGAGGACGCUGGAAGAUGGCAAGAAAGAAGCUGAAGCCAGUGGGCUGCCGGUCAUGGUCAUCGUCCACAAGACCUGGUGUGGAGCCUGCAAAGCUCUGAAGCCCAAGUUUGCCGAAUCCAAGGAAAUCUCUGAACUGGCGCACAACUUUAUAAUGGUCAACCUGGAGGAUGAAGAGGAGCCGAAGGACGAAGCCUUCAGCCCGGACGGAGGGUACAUUCCUCGGAUUCUUUUCCUCGAYCCCAGCGGUAAAGUCCACCCGGAAAUCACCAACAAAAACGGCAACCCAAACUACAAGUACUUCUACAGCACUGCAGACCAGGUCGUGUCGAGUAUGAAGGAGGCGCAGGAGAAGCUGACGGGCGACUCCUUCCAGCAGGGCCACGUGGGAGACGAGCUGUGAGGAGGUGGAGAGGUGACUCCGGGCUUUAAAAGAAAAAAAAAGGGCUACACUUCUUCUGCCAGAGCUCCCACCAACAAGCCCUUUGAAUAUUCACACACCGUACGGUCGAAACGAGGCUCCGCCUCCGAACCAAAACCUUUCAAAACCAAUCGGAGCUCCGGUGUUUCUUUCUGCCCUGAGCUCCGCUCCUGUGUCCCGUCAUCACUUUAAGUUUCGUAUAUUUGUGAGUUAAUCCCGACUAAAAGCCAAUCGGUGUCUGUAGAGAAACAAUCAACCUGUUAGCCACGUUAGCUGCCAUCUGGUAUUAACUUCUGGUCCUUUUUUUAAGUAGUAACCAACAUCUGAAACUGAUUUUAACGCCAAUACAAAGCUCAGAAGUAGAAAUGUUUGAUCAUUUGGAAGCCUGUUUUCUUAGUGAAAUGUUAGAUUAUCUCAGGAAAUGGGGUUUGCUAAGAAAUUAAGUUAAUCUAAGAAAAUAUACUUGAUUUUUAAAGAUGUGAGGAUUAUUUUCACCACUUUUGAGGAGUUACUGUUUGUUGUAAACAUUAAAGAUAUCUUGAACAAAAAUGCAAAACCAAGAGGCCAACUAAUUUCAUCUUUGAUGCUUAAAUGUUUAUUAAACAAGUUGUUUUCAUUUUAACUGCUUCCUAAAUUUAAGUUGUUAUCUUUGUUUCUCAUAACAGUUUGUCAAAAAUGAGYUUUGUAUUAAUAAAAUGGCAAAACUGGAUUAAAUUAUUUUAAGGACAGAUGCUCGCUCUUAGUUUUACCACCUAAAGUCAUGUGCUUCCAAAGAUCCUCUACAGACCCUCUAUUUGUGAUAUUUAUCUAUGAUUUAGUUCAUGAAAACCCUGUAAUCCUGCCAUAACGUGUAUUUUCUGCUCUGCAUGUGACUUAAUGUGACUUAAUGUUCCCCCUUUUUCUUUUUCUUUUUUAACUCCUCAAAUGAGGGAAAGAAAAGUUUUGUCCUGAUGUAUUUUAUACGGCCAAAUGUGCAAAAUAAAGUUUGUUGUACGGAGUGA